AUGGCAGUCAAUAACCUUGGGCGUGUCUUUUAUGAUCAGAAUAAGUGGAAUGAGGCGGAGAAAAUGUACGAGCGAGCAUUAGCAGGCUUCGAGAAGGCGCUUGGUUCAAAUCACCCGUCUGCUAUCCCGGCGCUCAACAACCUCGGGCGUCUCUAUAGUGGUCAGGGCAAGUUGAAGGAUGCGGAGAGGAUGUUCCAAAAAGUGCAACAGGUUUUAAGGUUCUCACGGGUCAACAAAGAUGACAGAGUGAAUCUUCCUAGCGGGUGGGAGCGGCGGACCACCUUUAGCGGCCGGGUGUAUUACCGGGACCACAACACACACACGACUACAAUGCCCAUUUAA